AUGGAAAACGAUUACACGGCUGUGGAGAUCAAUGGCCUUCCCACCUACGAUGGAAGGUACAUCCUCUACAACGUUCUCGGCAACUUAUUUGAGGUCUCCGCCAAGUACGCCCCUUCAAUUCAGCCUGUUGGACGCGGUGCUUACGCCAUUGUUUGGUACUUCUUUUCCUCCUCUUUCGUUUUUCGCUUUGCUUCUAAGUUCUUCGAUUAUAUUUUGGUAUAUGCUAAGAUUUUGAUCAUCUGUUUACUCGGCUGCACGACGAAUUCGGAGACGAAAGAUGAGGUUGCGAUAAAGAAGAUAGGGAAUGCUUUUGAUAACUGGGUUGAUGCCAAGAGAACUCUUCGUGAGAUUAAACUUCUAUGCCAUAUGGACCAUGAAAAUAUUAUAAAGAUCAAAGAUAUAAUUCCUCCACCAGAAAAGGAAAAAUUCAAUGAUGUGUAUAUUGUGUAUGAAUUAAUGGACACUGACCUGCAUCAGAUCAUUUGCUCUAGCCAAGCUCUAACAGACGAUCACUGUCAGUACUUCUUAUACCAGUUACUACGAGGUUUGAAGUAUUUACACUCUGCAAAUGUCUUGCACCGAGAUCUAAAACCAGGCAAUCUGCUUCUCAAUGCAAAUUGCGACCUCAAGAUUUGUGAUUUUGGGUUAGCAAGAACAUCAGAGACGGAUUUUAUGACAGAAUAUGUUGUAACCAGAUGGUAUCGAGCCCCUGAGCUGCUACUUAAUACCUCUGAAUACACUGCUGCGAUAGAUAUUUGGUCUGUUGGAUGUAUUCUCAUGGAAAUUCUAAGGAGGGAGCCACUGUUCCCUGGUAAAGAUUACGCAUGCGUUUUAAAACCNCAACUGGGGCUUAUAACUGAGUUGUUAGGUUCACCAGAUGAUUCCGAUCUUGGAUUUCUUAGAAGUGACAAGGCACUGAAGUAUGUCAAGAAACUUCCUCAUUUCCCAAGACAACCGCUGACCGAAAAGUUACCAGAUCUUCCUCCACUGGCGGUUGAUCUUGCAGAGAGGAUGCUUCUCUUUGAUCCAAGCAAGAGAAUAACUGUUGAGGAGGCAAUGAAUCACCCAUAUGUAGUGAGUCUUCAUGAACUCAAUGAUGAACCAACCUGCCCUUCUCCUUUCAACUUCGACUUCGAACAGGCAUCCUUAGAUGAAGAAGAUAUAAAAGAACUCAUAUGGAGGGAGUCUCUCAAUCUCAUACCAAUGAAGAUAGUUCAUUUAUCAGGAAUUAAGAGGGAUCUAUAUUCACCAUCUUCUAGAAUCUUGUCCAGUGAUGGUCGAUACGACGUGAAAUAG